UCCUCUAUACCUGGCUACCUGCUUUCGCCGCCGCCAGGGGGAUUUCCCCUCGAUCUCCCUGCUGCAGCCCCUGCCAACGGAUCCAAUAAUCCCCAAACCGUCGCCGACAAGAGGAACAGCAGCCGCCCGCACAAAUCACUGGCACGACUCCUCGAGGUUCCCUACACGGCCUUCGAUUUCAUCGAUUGGGGCGACCACAUGACUCCCACACUGUCCCCCAAGCGGGACAUCUCCGGGUGGUGGCGCGAGCUCCACGGAAUCGACGAUUGGGACGGCCUCCUCGACCCAAUCGACCCAACCCUCCGCUGCGAGAUCCUCAAGUACGACGAGUUCGCCUCCGCGACCUACGACGCCUUCGACUUCGACCCGGAAAUCUGGAUCCCACCUCUCCACGUCCGCCCUAUAAAAAUAUCCCCGCCAACAACUGCCCGUCACUCUAUCUUAUCCCAUCUCUCUCACUCUCAUCGUCGCGAUUCCCCACUACUCUUAUAA